CAGCUGUUUAAACCGGCAAAUUGUUAAAAUUGUGAAAUCUUGUGCAUAUUUUCUGGAAUUAUGUCCGAUUCAGUAGAGGAAAAUGGCAAUAAAGAGCCGGAGACGGAACCCGGACCGGAUCCGGAGCCCGAAACCGAAACCGACCCCAGAAAGCUGCUAGAGACAACGGCCGCCUGCCAGGAGGACGAGGACCUGGCCACCAUUGUGACCGCCGAGGAGUAUCUGAUGCACAAGGACGUGGUGUUGCUGGAAUACGAGAAGCAAAUGUUCCUGGACACAGUGCAUGCUGACGGCCUGCUGGUGUGCGCCAAAGGCCUGAGCUACGAGCGCGUCCUAAUCAACAUCCUGAAGGCCUACAGCGAUGCGGGCAACCUAGUGCUGGUAAUCAACAGUUCUGACUGGGAGGAGCAAUACUUCAAGUCUAAAAUGGAGGCCAAAUAUGUGCACGAAGUGGCCAAUAUGGCCACGGAGAGAGAACGCGUUUACCUGGAGGGUGGCCUGCAGUUUAUAAGCACCCGCAUCCUGGUGGUGGACCUGCUCAAGCAACGUAUUCCCAUAGAGUUAAUCAGCGGCAUUAUUGUGCUCCGUGCCCACACCAUCAUCGAGAGCUGCCAGGAGGCCUUUGCCUUGCGUUUGUAUCGCCAAAAGAAUAAAACUGGCUUUGUGAAGGCUUUCUCCAGCAGCCCCGAGGCCUUCACCAUUGGCUACUCCCAUGUGGAACGCACUAUGCGCAAUUUGUUUGUGAAAAAUCUAUACAUUUGGCCCAGAUUCCAUGCCACUGUCCGUGGUUCCUUGCAACCUUGGCAGGCGCAAACCAUUGAGCUGCAUGUCCCGCUCAGCCCGAGCAUGACCUCCAUUCAAACGCACAUUUUGGAUAUAAUGAACUUUUUGGUGCGCGAAAUAAAGCGUAUCAAUCGAACUGUUGACUUGGAGGCGGUCACCGUGGAGAAUUGUGUCACCAAGAAGUUUCACAAGAUUCUGCAGGCGCAGCUGGACUGCAUUUGGCAUCAGCUCAACUCGCAAACCAAGCUGAUUGUGGCGGAUCUCAAGAUUCUAAGGAGUCUGAUGAUAUCUACCAUGUAUCAUGAUUCGGUGAGUGCCUAUGCCUUGAUGAAACGCUAUCGCAGCACAGAGUAUGCUUUGAGCAACUCUGGUUGGACUUUACUGGAUGCCGCCGAGCAGAUUUUCAAGCUUUCCCGGCAGCGUGUGUUCAAUGGCCAGCAGGAAUUCGAACCGGAACCUUGUCCCAAAUGGCAGGCUUUGACUGAUUUGCUUACCCAAGACAUUCCAGGGGAUAUGAAACGCUGCAAGAGAACAGUUCAGCCCAAAGUGUUGAUACUCUGCCAGGAUGCACGCACCUGCUAUCAGCUGAAGAUGUAUUUAACCCAGGGAGGAGCACGCUUUCUCCUACAGCAGGCUCUGCAUCAUGAGGUGCCCGUGGGCAAGCUGAGCGACAAGUAUGCAAAGGAAAGUCAAGCCAAUAAGAUAAAUCCGCCUCCAACCAAGGCAACGAAAUCGGAGGCUGCAGUAGCCACUAGUUCCCAACCCCCCGCUGGUUUGGAUGAGCUGGCUCAGCUUUUGUCUGAUGCGGAGGCCUCAGCUGAGUCCCAGCGCUUCGAGGAGAGCUACAUGCUGACCAUGACCCAGCCCGCUGAAAGGGAGAAGCAGCAACCCCAACAACAGCUCAAAACCGAUCCAGAUGUAUCUAUUUUCGAAACCAUACCAGAACUGGAAGAGUUUGAUGUCACAGCUGCCUUGGAGCUGGUUUCCCAUCAGCCUUAUAUAUGCCUGCAAACCUUCAAAACCGAACGAGAGGGUUCUAUGGCUUUAGAGCAUAUGCUAGAGCAGCUGCAGCCCCACUAUGUGAUUAUGUACAAUACAAAUAUAACGGCUAUACGCCAGCUGGAGGUCUUUGAGGCACGUCGUCGCCUGCCAGCAGUGGAGCGCCUAAAGGUUUACUUCCUCAUACAUGCACGCACAGUGGAGGAGCAGGCCUACCUGACCAGCCUGCGCAGGGAGAAGGCGGCCUUUGAGCUGAUCAUUGAUACCAAAAGUAAAAUGGUCAUACCCGAGUAUCAAGAUGGCAAAACCGACGAGGCCUUUGUCUUGUACAAAAACUACGACGACGAACUCUCCAGGGAAGACAAUGCCAAGAGUCGCCAGGCUGGUGGCCAAAAGGCCACAGAUGCCGCUUCCAAGCAAACACCCAAAAUCAUUGUGGAUAUGCGUGAAUUUCGCUCAGAUUUGCCUUGUUUGAUACACAAAAGGGGCUUGGAGGUUUUACCUUUAACCAUCACCAUCGGUGAUUAUAUCCUAACACCCGAAAUCUGCGUGGAACGUAAGUCCAUCUCCGAUUUAAUUGGUUCCCUCAACUCUGGACGCCUGUACAAUCAGUGUGUCCAGAUGCAGCGUCACUAUGCCAAACCUAUACUCCUCAUCGAAUUCGAUCAGAAUAAACCCUUUCACCUGCAGGGCAAAUUCAUGUUGUCGCAGCAGACGAGCUCAGCCAAUGCGGAUAUUGUCCAGAAACUGCAGCUUCUUACAUUGCAUUUCCCAAGACUCCGUUUGAUAUGGUCACCCAGUCCUUAUGCCACUGCCCAGCUGUUUGAGGAACUAAAAUUGGGCAAACCCGAGCCGGAUCCUGUCCAGGCAGCUGCCUUGGGCAGCGAGGAGCCAACGGCGGGCGAGCAGUUGCAUUUCAAUAGCAGCAUCUAUGAUUUCCUGCUCAGAUUGCCCGGGAUUCAUACACGGAAUAUACAUGGCCUGCUAAGGAAGGGCGUCAGCCUGCGGCAAUUGCUGCUGCGUAGCCAGGCGGAGCUGGGGGAUCUGUUGCAGUCACAGGAGAGCGGCAAGCUGCUCUAUGACAUUCUGCAUGUGGCCCAUCUGCCCGAGAAGGAUGAGGUGGCCGGCUCAACGGCUUUGCUGGCGGCGGGCAAGCAAUUUGGCGCCGGUUCGCACAAUCGUUUCAGGAAGGCGGCAGCCGAGGCGCGAAGGGGGAGGCGAUAGGGUGAGUGAGAGGAGUAAGAGGAGUCAAGGAGGAGUGAGAGAAGGCAGAGAAGCAUCAAUAUAUGUAUAUAUGGCGCGAAAUUAUGGAAAAUAUUUUUUAAACGUUGCAAUUAACUCGCCAGGGGAAUGGGGAGCAGCAGCAACAGCAGCAGGUUGCAGGUUGCAGGAUGCAGCUGUUGGUGUGUCUGGCCGGCAGACAACGUUGACAAACGGGAACAGCGCUGACCGCUGGGGAUGCAGAGGCAUGCCGAGUGCCUGAAAAUCAAUUUUUAAUAAAUUUUUAAUUGCCACGCAAGCAGAGUCUCUGAGUGGAGCGCCUGCACCUGCAGCCCAGGACCCAGUGAUUAACGGAAUUUUUUAUUUUUUUUUAACUGGCAAAAAACCCGAAAAAAAACAGCAUAAGAUUCCCGCCAGAGACUUCAUUACAUUAUGUAUUUAUUUUCUUUUUUGGGAAAAAUGUCCAUCAAAU